GAUCUGACAGAAACAUCCUAGGAUCUUGGUGUUUGGACAUAGGAGUUAUCUUCAACUGUUCUGAAGCACAAGACCUUUAAACCACUGAAGAUAUGGACAAAGAGGAGAGGAAGACUAUCAACCAGGGUCAAGAAGAUGAAAUGGAGAUUUAUGGUUAUAAUUUGAGUCGCUGGAAGAUUGCCAUAGUUUCAUUAGGAGUGAUUUGCACUGGCGGAUUUCUUCUCCUUCUUCUCUAUUGGAUGCCCGAGUGGCGGGUGAAAGCAACCUGUAUUAGGGCUGCAGUUAAAGACUGUGAAGUGGUGCUGCUGAGGACUACUGAUGAAUUCAGAGUAUGGUUUUGCGCAAAAAUCCGAUUACUUUCUCUGGAAACUCACCCCUUUUUGAGUCCAAAAUCUACAGCUAAUAAGGUUUCUAAUGGCCAUGCAGUUCACUUAAUUGAGAAUCCAGCUGAAGAGAACAGGCAUGAGUUGAGUAAAUAUCCACAGACUCAGUUGCAACAGAUUCGUUAUUUUACCCACCAUAGUGUAAAGUAUUUCUGGAAUGAUACCAUUCACAAUUUUGAUUUCUUAAAGGGACUGGAUGAAGGUGUUUCUUGUACGUCAAUUUAUGAAAAGCAUAGUGCAGGACUGACAAAGGGGAUGCAUGCCUACAGGAAAUUGCUUUAUGGAGUAAAUGAAAUUACUGUGAAAGUGCCUUCUGUUUUUAAACUCCUAAUCAAAGAGGUUCUCAACCCAUUUUACAUUUUCCAGCUGUUCAGUGUUAUACUGUGGUGCACUGAUGAAUACUAUUACUAUGCUCUAGCGAUUGUGAUUAUGUCCCUAGUAUCCAUUGUAAGCUCACUAUAUUCUAUUAGAAAACAAUAUGUUAUGUUGCAUGACAUGGUGGCAGCUCACAGUACUGUGAGAGUUUCAGUUUGUAGAGUAAAUGAAGAAAUAGAAGAGAUCUUUUCUACAGACCUGGUGCCUGGAGAUGUCAUGGUCAUUCCAUUAAAUGGGACAAUCAUGCCUUGUGAUGCAGUACUUAUUAAUGGUACCUGCAUUGUAAAUGAAAGCAUGUUAACAGGAGAAAGCGUUCCAGUGACAAAGACCAAUUUGCCAAAUCCUUCAGUGGACAUAAAAGGAAUGGGAGAUGAGUUAUAUAAUCCAGAAACACAUAAACGACAUACUUUGUUUUGUGGUACGACUGUUAUUCAGACUCGUUUCUACACCGGAGAACUUGUCAAAGCCGUAGUAGUUAGAACAGGAUUUAGUACUUCCAAAGGACAGCUUGUCCGUUCCAUACUGUAUCCCAAACCGACUGAUUUUAAACUCUACAGAGAUGCCUACUUGUUUCUACUAUGUCUUGUGGCAGUGGCUGGCAUUGGAUUUGUCUACACUAUUAUCAAUAGCAUUUUAAAUGAGGUAGAAGUCGGAGUAAUAAUUAUUGAGUCUCUUGAUAUCAUUACAAUUACUGUGCCACCUGCACUUCCUGCUGCAAUGACUGCUGGUAUUGUGUAUGCUCAGAGAAGACUGAAAAAGAUUGGUAUUUUCUGUAUUAGUCCCCAAAGGAUAAAUAUCUGUGGACAGCUGAAUCUUGUUUGUUUUGACAAGACUGGAACUCUUACUGAAGAUGGCUUAGAUCUUUGGGGGAUUCAACGAGUGGAAAAUGCACAAUUUCUUUUACCAGAAGAAAACGUUUGCAAUGAGGUGUUGGUAAAAUCCCAGUUUGUUGCUUGUAUGGCUACUUGUCAUUCACUUACAAAGAUUGGAGGAGUGCUUUCUGGUGAUCCACUUGAUUUGAAAAUGUUUGAAGCAAUUGGAUGGAUUCUGGAAGAAGCAACUGAAGAAGAAACAGCACUUCAUAAUCGAAUUAUGCCCACGGUGGUUCGUCCUCCCAAACAGUUGCUUCCUGAGUCUACACCGGCAGGAAACCAAGAAAUGGAGCUGUUUGAACUUCCAGCUAUUUAUGAAAUAGGAAUUGUUCGCCAGUUCCCAUUUUCUUCUGCGUUGCAACGUAUGAGUGUGGUUGCAAGGGUACUGGGGGACAAGAAAAUGGAUGCUUACAUGAAAGGAGCACCUGAGGUCAUUGCCAGUCUUUGUAAACCUGAAACAGUUCCCGUUGAUUUUGAAAAAGUUUUGGAAGACUUCACUAAACAGGGCUUCCGUGUGAUAGCUCUUGCACACAGAAAAUUGGAGUCAAAAUUGACAUGGCAUAAAGUACAAAAUAUUAGCAGAGAUACCAUUGAAAACAACAUGGAUUUUAUGGGAUUAAUUAUAAUGCAGAACAAAUUAAAGCAAGAAACCCCUGCAGUACUUGAAGAUUUGCAUAAAGCCAACAUUCGCACUGUCAUGGUUACAGGUGACAACAUGCUGACUGCUGUUUCUGUGGCUAGAGACUGUGGGAUGAUUCUACCUCAGGAUAAGGUUAUUAUUGCUGAAGCAUUACCUCCAAAGGAUGGGAAAGUUGCCAAGAUAAAUUGGCAUUAUGCAGACUCCCUGACACAGUGCAGUAAUUCAUCAGCAAUUAACUCAGAGGCUAUUCCAAUUAAAUUGGUCCAUGAUAGCUUAGAGGAUCUUCAGGUGACUCGUUACCAUUUUGCAAUGAAUGGAAAAUCAUUUUCUGUGAUACUGGAGCAUUUUCAAGACCUUGUGCCUAAGUUGAUGUUACAUGGCACUGUGUUUGCUCGUAUGGCACCUGAUCAGAAGACACAGUUGGUAGAAGCAUUGCAAAAUGUUGACUAUUUUGUUGGGAUGUGUGGUGAUGGCGCAAAUGAUUGUGGUGCUUUGAAGAGAGCACACGGAGGUAUUUCCUUAUCAGAGCUUGAAGCUUCGGUGGCAUCUCCCUUUACCUCUAAAACUCCUAGUAUUUCCUGUGUGCCGAACCUUAUCAGGGAAGGCCGUGCUGCUUUAAUAACUUCCUUCUGUGUGUUUAAAUUUAUGGCAUUGUACAGCAUCAUCCAGUACUUCAGUGUUACUCUCCUGUAUUCCGUCUUAAGUAACCUAGGAGACUUCCAGUUUCUCUUCAUUGAUUUGGCAAUCAUUUUGGUAGUGGUAUUUACAAUGAGUUUAAAUCCUGCCUGGAAGGAACUCGUGGCACAAAGACCACCAUCAGGUCUCAUAUCCGGGGCCCUUCUCUUCUCCGUUUUAUCUCAGAUUAUCAUCUGCGUUGGAUUUCAAUCUUUGGGUUUUUUUUGGGUCAAGCAGCAACCUUGGUAUGAAGUGUGGCAUCCACAUUCAGAUGCUUGUAACACAACAAGAAGCCUAUAUUGGAAUUCUUCACACCUACAUAAUGAAACUGAACUUGAUGAACAUAAUAUACAAAAUUAUGAAAAUACCACAGUGUUUUUUAUUUCCAGUUUUCAGUACCUCAUAGUGGCAAUUGCCUUUUCAAAAGGAAAACCCUUCAGGCAACCUUGCUACAAGAAUUAUUUUUUUGUUGUAUCUGUGAUUAUUUUGUAUGUUUUCAUAUUAUUCAUCAUGUUACAUCCAGUUGCCUCUGUUGACCAGGUUCUUCAGAUAGUGUGUGUACCAUAUCACUGGCGUGUAACUAUGCUCAUCAUUGUUCUUGUCAAUGCCUUUGUAUCUAUCAUGGUGGAGAACUUCUUCCUUGACAUGGUCCUUUGGAAGGUUGUGUUCAAUCGAGACAAACAAGGAGAAUAUCGCUUCGGCACCACACAGCCACCACAGGUGUCAGUGGAUCGGUGGGGAAAAUGCUGCUUGUCCUGGGCCCUGCGCUGCAGAAAGAAGAUACCAAAGGCCAAGUACAUGUAUCUGGCACAGGAGCUCUUGGUCGAUCCAGAAUGGCCACCAAAACCUCAGACAACAACAGAAGCUAAAGCUUUAGUUAAGGAGAAUGGAUCAUGCCAAAUCAUCACCAUAACGUAGCAUAUAGCAAUGAAUCAGUCUCAGUGGCAUGCUAAUAGCAGUAUUGAGGAGAAUGUGGUUUUAGGAUUUUCUGAUACUGUGUGUCAGAAUGGCACAGUUUCAGCUUCUGUCCCUUCUGAUAUAGUCGCUGAAUUGAAAACUUGGUUUGUUUUUUUUUAAAAAAACAAAACAAAAAAAGGUAUUAGCCUGACAGUUAAAUUCACAGUCUGUAAAGUUCUAUAUCUUCAUUCAGUAACCUGUUAUAUGCAUUUCCAGAAUCUCUUGAUUGUUACCCUCUUUACAUAGGGCACAGGAGAAAUUUGGUGUUUGGUAGGUUUUUAGACAUUAACUUCUGAGACUAGUUUAUCCGUUUAAAUUUAUUUUCACAACCCCCUUAUUAGAAAAGAUCUGUGUUCAUAUAUAGGCCCUAAAUUUGUGGUUGGUAAAAUUUGUCAGUUAGCCUCCAGUGAAACAGAUUGAAAGCCUAUUUUCAUUUGAUUCUAAUACUUCUUCCAAAGAAUUCUAUGUAAACAUACACCAGUUCCCUUCAAUGGCCUAGAGUUAGGAGUGAGUUUGUAUGGUGUUGCUUAUAGAACAACUCAGGUAAUUUCCAUAUAUGGUUUUAUGUUUUCUGUACAAACUGCCUGGGUUUUAUUUUUCUAAUCAGCAAGGUGCUUCACUGCCUUCUUGAGAUAUCGCUCAAACCUAUUAAAUGGAUCUUGUGCUAUGUGUGGUGUCAGUAGUCGAAUUUGCUUCAAUUUGCUGUUAUAGAACCGUUCACUAGGAAAAGAGAUUAUUUCUUUUGGCAGUAGAUGUCAGUCCAUCUUUCUAAUCUCUCUUCAAACCUGCUUUUUCCCCCUAAGGUUUGUGGUGUUUCAAAUGUCUUUUUAUUUUCUACUUCUACAUUUUUAAUUACCCAAAGACAUAGAAUAACAGUAAGGGUUUCUGUAAUUAGAAAUUUACCUCAUAAGAUUUUUUGAGGUUUGGUCUAUGUCUCUCCUGUCGAUAAUGAGGCUUGAAAAAGACUGGAUUUAAAUGACUGCUGUUUUUCAAAACAAUAUGAACUUGGUAAGAGUUUGUUAUAUGCCAUUAGGUGGCGCCAGAGGUCACAGCAUAUCUAUUUUGGAUUGGAGAGUGACAAAUGAGUGUAUUUGGUAUGGAAAUUUCUGGGAGAAAAAAUGGAGGAAAUAAAGCUGAAAAACAGACACUC